AUGGCGAGGAUUUCUUGUGACUUGAGGUUUCUUCUCAUUCCGGCAGCUUUCAUGUUCAUCUACAUCCAGAUGAGGCUUUUCCAGACGCAAUCACAGUAUGCAGACCGCCUCGCUUCCGCUAUUGAAUCAGAGAACCAUUGCACUAGUCAAAUGCGAGCGCUGAUAGAUGAAGUAAGCAUAAAACAGUCUCGGAUUGUGGCUCUCGAAGAUAUCAAGAACCGCCAGGACCAAGAACUUGUGCAGCUAAAGGAUCUUAUCCAGACGUUUGAAAGAAAAGGAAUAGCAAAACUCACUCAAGGUGGACAGAUGCCUCUGGCUGCUGUAGUAAUUAUGGCGUGCAGUCGUGCAGACUAUCUUGAAAGGACAGUAAAAUCUGUUUUAAAAUAUCAAAGUCCCAUUGCUUCAAAAUAUCCUCUAUUCGUAUCUCAGGAUGGAUCUGAUCAAGCCGUCAAGAACAAGGCUUUGAGCUAUAAUCAACUAACGUAUAUGCAGCACUUGGAUUUUGAACCGGUGAUCACUGAAAGGCCUGGCGAACUGAUUGCAUACUACAAGAUUGCACGUCACUACAAGUGGGCACUGGACCAGUUGUUUUACAAACAUAAAUUUAGCCGAGUGAUUAUACUAGAAGAUGAUAUGGAAAUUGCUCCGGAUUUCUUUGAUUACUUUGAGGCGGCAGCUAGUCUCAUGGAUAGGGAUAAAACCAUUAUGGCUACUUCAUCAUGGAAUGAUAAUGGGCAGAAGCAGUUUGUGCAUGAUCCCUAUGCCCUUUACCGAUCAGACUUUUUUCCUGGCCUUGGGUGGAUGCUGACGAGAUCGACUUGGGAUGAGCUAUCACCAAAAUUGAAGGAAAACCAUAAAGGCCGUCAAUUUGUUCGACCAGAAGUCUGCAGAACAUACAAUUUUGGUGAACAUGGGUCUAGUUUGGGACAAUUUUUCAGUCAGUAUCUGAAACCUAUAAAGCUAAACGAUGUGAAGGUUGACUGGAAAGCAAUGGACCUGGGAUACCUAACGGAGGGAAACUAUACCAAGUACUUUUCUCACUUAGUGAGACAAGCACGACCAAUUCAAGGUUCUGACCUUGUCUUUAAGGCUCAAAACAUAAAUGGUGAUGUUCGUAUCCGGUAUCAAGACCAAGCAGAGUUUGAACGCAUUGCAGGGGCGUUUGGUAUAUUUGAAGAAUGGAAGGAUGGUGUGCCCCGAACAGCAUAUAAAGGAAUAGUGGUGUUCCGAAUCCAGACUACAAGACGUGUAUUCCUGGUUGGCGCAAAUUCUGAUGUGGAGACGUUGGCGAGCAUAUUGCAAAGCCAUGUUCAAGAACGAAUACAGUUUUUGAUAAUCGGAUCUGACAGAAUUUCUUCCACCUUAUCAUCUUUGCCUGAUCGUGCCAUGGGAUCUGCUCGGAUUUGGACGGGGAGGUGA